AUGCAGACUCAGCAGACUUCCCCAGAAAUCGAAGCCUUCCUCUUUGAAUACCUGAAGACAGUCCGCCAGCCUUCCUUGGGAGUCCCCAACGUCCGAGCCUGGUCCCGCCGUCCCCACCUCUUCCAAAGUGCCAUCUCCCCCCAAGCCAAGCUUGGGGCCCAGGGCCUCCUUGAAGGCCUAGUGUCCCUCAAAUGGAGACACCUGCAGGCCCUUCUUUUCUCCUACAUCGGCUCCAAGAAGUCCGCCAACCUUUGGGCCUCCCGCCUGAUCCAACAACUGAUCCGAAUCGGGCACUACAUGUGGAAAGACCGCAACCGGCUUGCCCACUCUGAAGAUAGCUCCUGGUACACGGCCCGCAAGCGGGAGAUUGACAUCGGCAUCCGCGAACAGUUCGCCAUGGGCCUGAUGGAUAUCCCCAAACGCUAA